AUGGUCACAACUCGUAACACCAAGGUGCUCAAGCGUGUUAGGAACGACGCCGAGUCGUCCGACUCAGACAGCGGGGCUUCCAGCAACUCAGGCGACGAGACUGCCGGCAACCCAGGCUCAGCCCACAUCUAUGGCCAUGACACCUAUUUCUGCACACGGGAUGAAUUCCAUGACGUCUUGAACCACUUGAAUGACAUGCAACGCCAACCUUUCUUCAGACGAGCCUAUCCUUCUAUGAUGCGAGAUAUGUUCAACAAACUGCACGUCGGGGUGAUGAGUUGGACUUGGAAUUGGGGUCGAGAUGAAAAGGUAGCGCAUCUCUCGGAAGAUGAGAAACAGUGCAUCAUCGCCAGCCUCGAGGGCCAGUGUGUCCAGGACGAUUGGGAUAGUAUCAAAGCUCUAUGCCCCCUGGUUGUUCGUGAUCAUAUGUGUCAUGUUCUACUCGAAGCAAUGCUCUACCGAUUCAUCUUUGCAACCUUUAUCGAAUCUCCCUUUUGGUUCUUGGAUGGCAGGAUCGAUCCUACCGACGUAGAGGGUGAUCCUCAGUUUCCCCGACGGUUCCAGCAUUUGUAUGAGAGGCUGCGGGCAGCAUCCGGCUUUGGUGCAGCAUGCUUGAAAUCAUCGAUCAUAUCGGAGUCCAACGACAUGCCUCUCCUCUCCUCCAUGCCUCCUGACACGGAAAUCGCCCAGGUCACUUUAGACCGCCGCAAGACAUUGAUCAAUGUGUUCACAGAUGAACUGCUUGAGCGCCGCGUCUUCCAGCUUCUUCUCCGCCCAUUGGAUGAUGACGCUGAGGUAGCACGCCGCCGCCAUAGGCUUCACCGUCUCCUCGGAGAAGCAGUUGAGACGAUUAUCUACACCGAGGGGGGGAUCUACGGCAACUCCAUGAUAUUCCGACUACCUGAGCUGCCCGUCUUCGAUUACGAGGAUGAACGCAUGACCUCGCACCACUAUCACUUCGUCAAUACGCGCCGCAUUCAUGGCAACGCACCUGCCUCGGGGGGUCGCACCCUCAUCGUUGCUCGCCCCGGACUCACCUAUGUCGACAUGCAAUCGCUUGGCAAAGUUGCGAGGCGCCCGCCUUGCCAAAUGUUCCCGGCGGAAGUGGUGGCCGAGGCACUCCCAGAGAAGCCCUGUACCAAGCCCAAGGCGAAGUCCAGAAAGACGAAGUCCAGGAAUAAAAAGCCCAAGACGGACUCCAAACCCGAUUCCAAGUCUGCGGUCUCCGAGACCCCGUCUGUGUCUCAGGUAGCCAACGUACCCGAUGCUGAGAACGAUCCCAAGGAGGAAAGGGUGGAGAAGGCGAAAACCCCCCCUCUGGAACACCUGGUGCCGCGGCUAAGGAAGACAUUCUGGCGGGAGUGA